CAAGCAAGAAGUUGACUGUAGUCGGAUGAAUGGAUAACGAGCAGCCGCAGCAGGUGAAAACAAGAUAUACCGCUUCCAGUAAGAAAUACCGGGAGUAGGAAGUCAAGACUAAUCGGAGAGGAUCGAACAGAUGGCUGCUCGAAAUUUGGUGAGGAAGAUGGAUAUAGCUCAUCCAGUUGGUACAACUUGCUUUUCCAGUACGAGCGAGAAUGGAUUUGGUGCGGGCAUGGGAAUCUCAUAACUACGCCUGUCCGCAGUUCAAGCACUUGAAAUCUUCCGACGUGGAAGCCUUCUCACUUAGAGGAGUGAGGGAGUAAUAGCCGAGUCUGUUGAUGAGCCUAUGAGCUGAUUUGAUCGCUGUUAAGAGAAAACAGCUGAGAUCCAGUCUCGUGAUCAAGGAGCGCAGCGUUUCAGCUGAUCACAGACAACGCAACGACUCGCCUUAUUAGACCCACCUAAGUUUGAGGGAAAUUAAUGCCAGGCGGCUUAGAGACGUGGACUCAAGUGCAGAUUCAUUAGCUCCACAACUCUUCUAUAGCAUACGAUAUAUAUUUGCAGGUUAAAAUCAGCUUUUUUUUUUCCGUUCCCUCAAUUUCUGUACAGGAGAAAGGGAAGAAUCACGCCAGAGUUGUGAGCACUGAACGUCCACCAAGAUUAUUGGCAAGUUGUCCAGCAAACACUCGAGAACAUUGCUGGAGCUCAUCCAUCCUCCACGCACGAGGAUUGCACUCGUCCGACCGGCGCCGCCACCGUGACUUGCAGGAGACGGGAGGGGUUGCUGGUUUCGAGCGGACAAGCAAGAGGAGGUAUAUGGAUAAUAGGUAAGCCUAUUUCACGAACAUCGUAGAAGUAGGUGAAGUUGAACUCGGCGCCGGUGGAAGUGAUGAAGAGCGGAUAAGCCGAGAACGUGGAGGCAAGAAAGGCAGGCAGGCAGGAGAAGCCGUCUGAAGUACACACCGAGAACCUGGAGAUUCACAAGUCAAAGGUCGAGCAUGCGGGCGGGCGGGCGGGAGAGAAGGAGGGAGGCAAUUAAGCAGGUCAAAGUAUGGGAGCGAUGGGUUGCAGAUGUGCGUAGGAUUGCACGUCAAGGUGGACAAUUUGGAGUCUUGUGUCGUCCCAGUGACAGCGCGAGAGCUCGAAGCUGGAAAAAGGCGAGAUUCGUCAAACAACUUCCAACAACACACAGCUGACCAUCAGUAACGACAAUAAGGUUCUCGGAUGUCCCGGUGUGGGCCCGAAAACGCUCUUGCGCUUCGAGAACCAGCAGUCGUGAAACGAUUGAUUCAGAGCGAUAUCAGUCCAAGUCGACCAUCUUCUUCACGUGCGAAGCCGGAUAGAUAACAGCAUCAGCUGCGCUUUUCCUCAUUCGGGCGCUGCGACACCGUAAUAUUAGCAAAUUGGAACUGCUCCACACAUACGCGUCACCUGCUUCGGCUUCGAGCCAGUAACGCUUUCCGGCUCGUAGUCAGCUCCCUAUUUCGGUCGGGGCUUGUUGCUAGUGUCCGCGCGCUGCGACAGAAGCAAGGAGCAGCGAAAAGUGGGGGAGCGCUGGGGUCGGAGGGCAACACAGCAGGAGCGCAGAGCUUAUAAGGCCUCGACAGUCACCAUGCACCGGCACCCGGAUCCGGAUCAAGCCCGGAGAGAAUCGCGAGGACAAACGGAGUGACAGCUAGCGAACAUGGCGGUCGGGGCCGGAUGCGUGGUGAGCAAUGUGACGCACCUUCUCACGCUGCUCAUGACGCUGCAGUCGGCAGCGCUGAACAAUUCCGGAGGCGACCCCGCCUUCGACCCCAAGAGCUACAUCGACCUGUCGCUGCGCAAGGACGUCUCGCUGGGCCAGGCGCAAUCGGCCUACGCCGAGCUGCGCAGCAUCACCAACGACACUCUGCACAACUACAUCGCGCAGCACUUCGACGAGGCCGGGUCCGAGCUCGAGCUGCACCCCGCGGCGGAUUUCGCCGCCGCGCCCGACGAGUUCCUGCCCGACGUGAAAAAUGCGCAGGUGCUGGCCUGGGCGCACGACGUGCACGCCAUCUGGAGGAAUUUGACGCGGCAUGAGACGCCGGAGGUGGCCGCCGACAACGAGCGCUUCACCAUGGUGCCCUUGGCGAACGCGUUCGUCAUCCCCGGGUCGCGGUUCCGAGAGAUUUACUACUGGGACAGCUACUGGGUCAUCCGCGGCCUGCUCGUGAGCCGGAUGCACGAGACGGCGCGCGGAAUCGUGGACAACCUGCUGGGCAUGGUCGAGACGUACGGCUUCGUGCCCAAUGGCGCGCGCAAGUACUACCUGAACCGCUCGCAGCCGCCGCUGCUCAGCCAAAUGGUGCGCGCCGUGUACGAGGCCACGGGCGACGCGCGCCUCCUGGAGAGGGCCGUGCCGAUUCUGAUCCGCGAGCACGGCUUCUGGACCUCGGCGCCGCACAGCGUCGGCGUCGUCGAUGCGCACGGCACCGUGCACUCGCUGAGCCGCUACUACGCCAACUGGAACACGCCGCGCCCCGAGUCCUACGUCUACGACCGCGCCGUGGCGGAGUCCGUGGCGGGCGCGAGCGAGGAGGAGACGGCGCAGCUCUACAACGACAUCGCCACGGGCGCCGAGACGGGGUGGGACUUCAGCUCGCGCUGGAUGGCCGAUCGCUUCAAUCUGUCGACGCUGCGCACCUCGCGCAUCGUCCCGGCCGAUCUGAACGCGCUCCUGUUCCAGCUCGAGCGCAACGUCGCGCACUUCGCCCGCCUGCUGGCGGACGACGGCACCGCGGCCGAGUUCGCGCAGCACGCCGAGCGGCGCAAGGCCGCCAUCGAGGCCGUGCUGUGGAACGACGAGGCCAAGCAGUGGAACGAUUUCUGGCUGCCCGCCAACGCCAGCUGCUCGGGCCCGACCACGACCGUCGCGUUCGACCGCCGCGCGCUCAACACCGACGCCAUGGCCUCCAACUUCGUCCCGCUCUGGACCGGCCUCGUCGCCGUUUCGCAGGAGGACGCGGACGACCGGACCGACGCCGUGGACGCCAUUGUGGCCGCCCUGGAGCGCUCCGGGCUGCUGCAGCCGGCGGGCAUCGCCACGACCGCGACCAACACCGGGCAGCAGUGGGAUUUCCCCAACGGCUGGGCUCCGCUGCAGCAUAUGAUCAUCGAGGGCCUGGCCCUGUCGAACACCGCCAAGGCGCGCGCCACUGCCGAGGAGCUGGCCGUGCGGUGGGUCAGAACCAACCACGCUGCCUUCGUGAGCACCGGCGCCAUGCACGAGAAGUACGACGUCCGGCGCUGUGGCGCUGCUGGUGGAGGCGGCGAGUACACUCCGCAGACGGGCUUCGGCUGGUCCAACGGAGUCGUGCUCGCCUUUCUGGACCAAUUCGGUUGGCCCGAGCACCGCGAUCUCGCCUGCACUCCGAACGCCUAGAUUGAGAUUUCGCAUUAGGUAGACGCUGACGAUGAUUAGGAUUUUGAUUAUGAUCCUUAUGAUGAUGAGUGGAACGCAGGCUCGUUCCAUUCUACGAGAACUACUGUAAUACCUCAAUUUUGUACCCGAGGGCCCUCGAAGAGAAAAUCUUUCCAUGUUUGCCG